AAGUACGCUGCGUGGUCGUCUUGUGGGAAUUUUUCUCGCUUUGUCAUUUUUCCCUUUUGUUUCUUCCGUUAGCUCAUUGUUAUGUACACCCAAGGACGACUCCUCUGGAGAAGGGUCGAGACGGAGGAGGAGCCGGGAUCAAGUGUUAACCCGGAAGAAGUGAGCCAGGAAGUAAAAGUGAUCCCGUGUCUAUCGGUCUGAAAUGUAGCGAGUUACAGAAGGUUCCGACCUCAGUAAGGAAAGCUAACGUCUUUUUUCUUUUUCUUAGGUACUCACAGUUCAUUUCUUUCUGCUGAUCUUAAAAACUAUUUUUCCUUUCUCCAGUUUUUUUUCCCUCAUGUUGCCUCCUUGUGGGGUCAGUCUAUACUGUAUGCUAAGUUACACAGUAUGGCUUACACGUGCUGCUCUCGCGCGGGCUUAGUGUCAAUUCUGACAUGCCGACACUGAGAAUUGUUCCUAGAGUAUCAGAGCAAUCCUGUUACUGUGGUGGGUGAUGGAGAAGACUUGGUGUUCUCAAAUAUAGAUAACCCUAAUGCUGAGAUGAAUCGUCACCUGUGUGUUUGGCUUUUUAGACAUCCGUCUCUUAAUGGUCACCACCAGUGCCGCAUCCAGGCCCAUUCUUAUCAGUUUACACAGAUACAUCUUGAUACAAGACUGUGGGGUUUUAGACAAAAUAGAAAUCACAUUCUCCAUCAUCUAUUAAAUAAGAAUUGGUUUAGGAGAUAUUGUCAUCAAGACACCAGGAUGCUCUGGAAGCAUAAAGCACUACAGAAAUAUAUGGAAGGCCUGAAUAAGGAGUACCAAACACUUGAUCAGUGUUUGGAGCCUCUCUCUGUGACUGAAGGAGACCGAAGGUCCUUGAAUCGAAGGCGUGCUGAGUUGGCACCACUUGCAGCCAUUUACCAAGAAAUUAAGGAGGCUGAACAAGCAAUUGAAGAAUUAGAAUCAAUGUGUAAAAAUCUAAAUAAACAAGAUGAAAAGCAGUUACAAGAGCUUGUAUUGGAAGAAAGGCAAACCAUUGCUCAAAAAAUCAACAUGUUAUACAGAGAGCUUUUCCAGAGUCUAGUGCCAAAGGAGAAAUAUGACAAAAAUGAUGUUAUUUUAGAGGUGACAUCUGGAAGAACAACUGGAGGUGAUAUCUGCCAACAAUUUACCCGGGAAAUAUUUGACAUGUACCAGAAUUAUUCAAGCUAUAAACACUGGAAAUUUGAACUUCUGAAUUAUACACCGGCUGAUUAUGGUGGGCUACAUCAUGCAGCUGCCCGAAUUUCCGGUGACAACGUCUAUAAGCAUUUGAAGUAUGAAGGUGGGAUUCACCGAGUUCAGCGAAUCCCUGAGGUGGGCCUGUCAUCAAGGAUGCAGCGUAUUCACACAGGAACAAUGUCAGUUAUUGUCCUCCCUCAACCAGAUGAGGUAGAUGUGAAGGUGGACCCCAAGGAUUUGCGAAUAGAUACAUUUCGAGCCAAAGGAGCAGGAGGGCAGCAUGUUAAUACAACUGAUAGUGCUGUCAGACUUGUCCAUCUCCCUACAGGGCUUGUAGUGGAAUGCCAACAAGAACGAUCACAGAUAAAAAAUAAAGAAAUAGCUUUGCGAGUGUUAAGAGCUAGACUCUACCAGCAGAUUAUUGAGAAAGACAAGUGUCAACAACAAAGUGCUAGAAAACUGCAGGUAGGAACAAGAGCCCAAUCAGAGAGAAUUCGGACAUAUAAUUUCACCCAGGAUAGAGUCACUGACCACAGGAUAGCAUAUGAAGUUCGUGAUAUUAAGGAAUUUUUAUGUGGGGAGAAGUGCCUGGAUCAGCUAAUACAGACACUACUUCAGUCAGCAGACGAAGAAGCCAUUACUGAAUUUUUGGAUGAAAACCUUAAAUCAGCAAAAUAAAUGCUGAUUUAUUAUUUAUUAUUAUAUAAAUGAAAUGGACUCAUAUCAAGAAACAGACUGAGGCAUGGAAAUCUUUAUGAAUGUUCAUAAACUACAGCCAAAAACACACAGUACUUACAAAUAUAUUUUUUAAUGAAUCAUCACAUUUCUUGACCUAAGAGUUUAUUUUAGUUUUCCUGUAAAGUAUUGUACAACUCUUCAAGUAGAAAACAAGCAUGUGUCGUUGAAAAGAGAACUAAAGUAUUGAGAAUUAAUUAGGUGAUUUAGGACAGGUCACUUGUUCUCUUUAUAUGCCUUUUUUUUUUUAAACCAUCUAUAAAUUAAUUUAAACACAUCUUUUAUCUGUUAUUUAAGGACUUCACUACCUGGUAAAAUUUAGUGAUAUAAGAUUUAUAAACUUCUUUGUAAACCCCUAUUUAAAGACAAAGUACUGUUAAUCAUGUUAAAUUUAGGCCUUAAACUGCUAUUUUUAAAUAAAAAGUAAAUAAGAGUUGUGAAGUAUGUGAGGAAUAACAAUGAGCAUCUCUAGGAUAUAGAUUGUAGAGCUCUUUGAGAGCUGAAUGAAUUCUAUACUGUAUAAACUGCAAGCCAGUAUUUAAAGUAGACUCUCUGCUUGCCUUCUGUUUCUUCUUGUUCUUUGGCUUAACUUAAUGAACAUCAAGAGAUGUGGUGUAAUAUGAGUAAUUCACUGCAAUUGGUUUUGUGCAGUGAUAUAUAAAACCUCGUCUUUACCUCAUAGAGCUUCCAGUUGAGUGAGGGAGCCAAAAUAGAAAUCACCAACUCAAAUACAAAGUAGGAUGAUGUAUCUAGUAAUUGUUCUCUGGAAGUUUCUUGAUUAAAAAAAGAAAGGGGUUAUUAUUUUAGACAUUCCUCAGAGAGGAACUAUAUGCCAGGAAAGAUUAGCUAAAAUAGAGUGUUAAGACCAAUGGAGUAAUUCGGAGGUAAAGAGGAGAGAGAAAUUUCUUCCCAAAUUUUUAUUUUGAAAAUUUUCAAACACACAGAAAAGUUUUAAAAACAAUUUUUAAGAAACAGUUCAGGGGCUGGCCCAGUGGCGCAGCGCUUAAGUGCGUGCGCUCCGCUUCAGUGGCCUGGGGUUCGCAUGUUCGGAUCCCAGGCGCGCAUUGAUGCACCGCUUGUCAAGCGAUGCUGUGGCAGUGUCCCAUAUAAAAUAGAGGAAGACAGGCACGGAUGUUAGCCCAGGGCCAAUCUUCCUCACACACAGAAAAAAGAAACAGUUCAGUGAGCACUAUAUACUCUAGAUUCAACAUUAUAUAUUCAUUUUGCCACAUUUGUUUUUCCUCUGUCUGGACACCUAACACACACACACAUGUGUGGUGGUUGUUGGACUAUUUAAAAGUUAUUUGUAGACCUCAUAACACUACUCCAAAAUAUUUCAGCAUAUCCUAAGGACAUUCUCCUACAGAACUAUAACUUUAUUAUCAUAUGUAAUUGUAUAAUAAUAAUAAUAAUAAUAAUAAAAUUGUAUAAUAUGAUCAGUUGCUUUUACAUAUUAAAAUUUCUUCAGUUAUCCCCAAAAUGUCUUUUUUAGCUAUUUUUGUUUGUUUGUUUUGUCCAAUCUAGGACCCACCCAAGAUUCACACAUUGUGUUUGGUUGUAUCUCUUCAGUUUUUGGAUUAAGCCCCCAACCUUUUUUUUCACAUGACAUUGACUUUUUGAAGAGUCCCGCAAGGUUGUUUUGUAGAAUGGCCUACAUUCUGGAUUUGUCUGGCUACUUCCUCAUGCUGUUGGUAACUUUCAUCCAUCCCCUCAAAUUAUUAUAAAGUAAAAUUAAGUCUAAAGAUUCAGAAUAAACACAUUUGGGAAGACUACUUCAUAGGUGAUGUUGUGAAAUUUAUACUGUAUCAUAUCAGGAAGUUCCACUAUUAGUGAUGCUAAGUUUGUAAACUGUCAAAUCUCUCCAUUGUAAUGGCACAUGUUCUCCUUAAUAAUUAGUAUGUAAUCUGUGGGGAAAUGGUUUGUUAUCAUAUAAACAUUUGAUUCCUCAUUGUUAGGCAGUUUCUGAGAUGACUCCCGUGAUCCCUGUUCCUGGCAGUCAUGCACUUGUGUAAUCUCCUCCCCUUAAACAUGCACUGGAUUUACUGACUCUCAUCUAACAAAUAAAAUAUGAAAGAAGUGGUGGGAUUGUCACUUCUACCUGAUAUUAGGUUAUAACAAGACUUGCUUCUGGCUCUGUCUUUCUGUCUCUCUCUCUCUGUCUCGCUCUCUUUCUGUCUCUGCCUCUGCCUCUCUCUUGAGCCACUCAACUUGGUGGAAG